AUGGAAAUCGCAGAAAUGCUCGAGCGUAGAAGGAUUGAAAUCUGCUGCCUUCAGGAAACCCGAUGGAAAUCGAAUGGUGUCUGUCAUGUCAACUCAGACAAAGAAAAAUAUAAACUAUUCUGGAAUGGUCAAAAGACGGCCAAAAAUGGUGUUGGAAUUUUUGUCAGAGAACCGCUAGCCCAAGAAGUACUGGAUAUUAAAAGGAUUAGUUCACGUCUCAUGUGGAUCAAGCUUUGCAUAGAAAAGCAAACGUUGAUUAUUUUUUCUGCAUACGCACCACAGACAGGCGAAUCAGAAGAGAUGAAAAAUGACUUCUGGACUGCAUUCUCUGACACCAUCUCAACAAUACCAAAAUCUGAAACAAUCCUGAUUGGAGGCGAUCUCAAUGGCCACGUUGGGAAAAACAGAUGGUUUUGA